GCCCCCUUUUGUCGUCGAUCCCUGAUCCCUGAUCCCUCCCUUCGUCGCCCCUUGGAACCCCUCCACCCUUCUUCUCCACUUCGAAGCUGCAAACCCUAAGGCGAAUCCAUGGCGAGAGGGCGGCGAAGUGAGGACGACGAUUUCAUAGACGACGACGACGUCGAUGAAGCCUACGAUGAAGACGAGGAGGAGGAGGAGGAGCUUGGUACUGGCAAAGGAGGGAAGAAGAGAAGUAGAUCUCAAUUCAUCGACGACGCGGCGGAGGAGGACGACGAGGAGGAAGAAGAGGAGGAUGAAGACGAGGAGGAGGUUGGUGCGAGCCGCCGGAGCAGGGAAAAGAGGGCACGCGGAUCGCAGUUUUUCGAGCUCGAGGCAAUGGUCGACAGCGACGACGAAGAGGAGGAGGAGGAAGGCGAAGACGAUUUUAUAAAUGAUGUUGGAGCUGACUUGCCUGAGGAGGAUGACAGUCGAAGAUUACGACGCCCUAUAUUAAUGCAAGAAGAUCAGGAAGACGUUGAUGAGAUAGAGAGACGUGUCAAAGAAAGAUAUUCUAAAACAAAUCAGGUAGACUAUGCUGAGGAUGCCACUGAUGUUGAGCAACAAGCGCUUUUGCCAUCAGUGAAAGAUCCCAAACUAUGGAUGGUCAAAUGUGCGAUUGGCCAUGAGCGUGAGACAGCCAUUUGUCUCAUGCAGAAAUUUAUGGAUAGGUCUGAUCUACAGAUCAAGUCAGUUGUUGCACUGGAUCAUCUAAAAAAUUACAUUUAUGUUGAAGCUGAGAAAGAAGCCCAUGUGUUAGAGGCCUGCAAAGGCAUGCGAAACAUCUUUUCUUCAGCUAAAGUGACGCUUGUGCCGAUCAAGGAGAUGACUGAUGUUUUAUCUGUUGAAAGUAAAGCUGUUGAACUUGCAAGGGAUACAUGGGUCCGAAUGAAGAUUGGUAUUUACAAGGGGGAUCUUGCCAAGGUUGUCGAUGUUGAUAAUGUUCGUCAGAAAGUCACAGUCAAGCUCAUACCUAGAGUUGAUCUACAAGCUCUAGCUAAUAAAUUGGAAGGUAGGGAAGUUGUAAAGAAGAAGACUUUUGUUCCUCCCCCUCGCUUCUUUAAUAUCGAUGAAGCAAGGGAGAUGCAUAUCCGUGUUGAACGGCGACGAGACAAGGACAGUGGUGAAUAUUUUGAGAUGGUUGAUGGUCUGAUGUUCAAAGAGGGUUUUUUGUAUAAAACCAUUUCUGUCAAAAGUAUUAGCUUGCAGAACAUAGAUCCUACAUUUGAUGAACUUGAGAAGUUCAGGAAGCCUGGUGAUGAUGAUGGAGAGGUUGCAAGUUUGUCCACUUUGUUUGCCAAUAGGAAAAAAGGCCAUUUCAUGAAAGGGGAUUCUGUGAUAAUCAUUCGUGGAGAAUGUAAGAAUCUGAAGGGAUGGGUGGAGAAGGUGGAGGAAGAUACCGUCUAUGCAAAAUUGCCUGAGCUGGGAACAAUUGCUUUCAACGAGAAGGAGUUAUGCAAAUACUUUAAACCGGGAGAUCAUGUCAAAGUGGUAUCAGGUGUUCAAGUAGGUGCAACUGGUAUGGUUGUAAAGGUUGAAAGCCACGUUCUAAUUAUUUUGUCGGAUACUACAAAAGACCAUAUACGCGUUUUCGCCGACCAUGUUGUAGAGAGUUCUGAGAUUACUACUGGGGUUACUCGCGUGGGCGAUUAUGAGUUACAUGAUCUUGUGCUGCUAGACAAUAUGUCUUUUGGAGUUAUCAUACGCUUGGAGACUGAAGCAUUUCAAGUUCUUAAAGGAGUGGCAGAUAAGCCUGAGGUUGUUCUUGUUAAGUUCAGGGAGAUAAAAAGCAAAAUUGAAAGGAGAACAACUGCCAAAGAUCGCUCAAACAACAUCAUAGCAAUUAAGGAUGUUGUUAGGGUUGUCGAGGGCCCAUUUAGUGGGAAACGAGGUCCUGUUGAACACAUAUACAGAGGGCUAUUAUUUAUCCAUGACCGUCAUCAUCAUGAGCACGCUGGUUUUAUUUGUGCAAAAGCUCAGUCAUGUGUGCUUGGAUGUGGAUCGCAGGGGAAUAGAGAUAGAAAUAAUGUUGAUUCCUUGAGCUCUAGACUCGAUGCUCUCCGUUCUCCAUCCCGUUUUCAGUCUCCAAACAGACUGCCACCUAGAGGACCACCUUCAGAAUUUCAAAGAUACAGAGGCGGAGGCGGAAGGGGUGGAAGAGGUGGAAGAGGAGAUGAAGCCUUAGUCAGUAAAACUAUUAAAAUAAAAUCUGGUCCCUGGAAAGGAUAUCGAGGUCGUGUUAAGGAGGUAACCGGCUAUUUAGUACGAGUUGAGUUGGAUUCUCAGAUGAAAAUUGUGACAGUUAAGAGACAAGAUAUCGCUGAUGCAGUUGGUAACGGUGCUGCAACGCCUUUCCGGUUCGGAUCAGGUAGAGAGACACCUAUGCAUCCAUCACGAACGCCAAUGCAUCCUUAUCAAACUCCCAUGCGGGAUCCUGGUGCGACUCCUAUCCAUGAUGGGAUGAGAACACCCAUGCACGAUGGGACGUGGGCUCCUAUGAGUCCUCCAAGGGAUAAUUGGGAAGAUGGUAAUCCUGCUACUUGGCGAACGAGCCCACAAUAUCAUCCUGGAACUCCUGUUCGGACGUACGAUGCACCUACUCCUGGCUCGGGUUGGGCUAACACUCCAGGAGGGAGCUAUGGUGAUUCCGCAACACCAAGGGAAAGCAGCUAUGGAAGUGCACCAAGCCCGUAUCUACCAUCAACACCUACUGCACAACCUUUGACUCCCAGCUCAGCAUCGUACCUUCCUGGUACCCCUGGUGGACAGCCAAUGACACCUGGAAAUGUCGGAUUGGAUAUGAUGUCUCCGACAAUAGGCGGAGAGAGCGAAGGAAACUGGCUGAUGCCGGAUAUAUUGGUUAACGUCGUGAAAGCCGGAGGUGAUUUCCAUGUUGGAGUCGUUAAAGAUGUGCUAAUGGAUGGGUCCUGUAAAGUUGCCGUCGGAUCAGCUGGCAACGGAGAGACAAUGACUGUUACUCCCUCAGACGUCGAGGUGAUUAGGCCCAAAAAAUCCGACAGGAUCAAGAUCAUGAAUGGCGACAUGCGCGGAGCAACAGGGAGGCUCAUCGGUGUUGAUGGGUCGGAUGGGAUUGUAAAGUUGGACGACACAUACGAAGUCAAGAUUUUAGAUUUAGUGUUGCUUGCUAAGCUAGCGAUAGUAUGAAUCUCUACAGGCUCCCUCCUUGUAUUCAUUACCUUCGACUCAAUGUUUAUGUUAUGUCAGCUCCAAAUUCAAACUUGUAUAUCAAGGUAUCUGUUUUGGAUAUUUAAUCUUUUCAAAUGCUUUCCAAGAGCACCAAUAUCAUGCUCUCCUUUCCAGGGCAUGAUAUCAAUUUUUUACAAA